AUGGAGGCCAUCUUCUCUCGGCCGGCUCUCGCCUGCGCCAGCCGCGCCGUUAAUCCCCUCCACCCCGCUGCGACAGCAGCGACGACUAGUUCAGCCCGUCUGCUGUUUUUCACAAACACAAAUGCCAUCGGAGUACCGGCCACAGUCCGUCAUGCGUCGACGUCGAGACGUCAUCGCCGCAUGCUCCGGAUCCCCCCGCACCCCUCGUUCCUGACCAAGCCCGAUACGGACCAGAUCAUCUUCAACCCUCCCUCCUCCGCGCCUUCAGUUUACCAUACUCCCUUUAAGUUCCUUCCCAAGUCCGACCCUCGCCGUCGUGCUGCCCUUGCAUCAGAGCUCUUCUCCCAACCAUCAGCAUCAACGCAAACACAAAGUUCGAGCAAUCCAGCCGAUAUACUUACUCAGUACGACCAGAUGAACCCCCCGAAGGGAGACUUCAACGUUGAGGACAUCCCCCCUCUGCGACAGGAUCUGCAACCGCCGUCAAACCCGCGGCAUCAUUUAACCAAGGAGGACAUUGAGGAGAUGCGGAGGCUGCGCGCCGAGGAUCCUAUCAAGAAUAGCGUCUUGAGCCUUGCUCGCCGCUUCAACUGCAGCAAGCUGUUCGUGCUGAUGUGCUGCAAGACAACUCCCGAACACGCUAAGCGCAUACGGGAACGGGAGGAGAAGAUUCGCGCUCGCUGGGGCCCUGUGAAGAGGGCGGCAAGAGAAGAGAGACAGAUCCGGAAGGAAAUGAUCUUGCGCGGGGAGCUAUGA